AUGCCUUCGCCCAACGCGAUCGCAAUGGACAGGUUGCUGCCGGUUGUCAACAAAUUGCACAGCAUCUUCCAGCGAUGCGGGCUAGCUGAUCCCAUCGAUUUGCCGCAGAUCGUUGUCGUUGGUUCGCAAUCCUCUGGAAAGAGCUCCGUACUUGAAUCUAUCGUGGGCUUUGAUUUUCUGCCGAGAGGCUCUGGAGUCGUCACCCGAAGUCCAAUCCUCAUUCAGUUGAACAAAUUGAAGGGCGUUCAAAAAUUGACUUCAUCUGAUACGCUAUCCGGUAAGAAAUCCAACCCGAAACGAUGGGUGGAGUUUAUCCAUGCCCCCGACAAGAAGUUCGUCGAGGAGAAUGAAAUCCAAGCAGAGAUUGUGGCGGAGACAGAGCGGGUAGCAGGGAAGAACAAAAGCUUGAGCCCAACAGCCCUCAUCAUGAAAGUUUUUUCAAAGGAUGUCGUCGAUCUCACUCUCAUCGACCUUCCAGGCCUCACGAAAGUCCCCGUCGGUGAUCAACCUCCGGACAUCGAGAAGCUCGUUCGCGCCAUGAUUCUAUCUUACAUCGAAAAAGAGAACACCAUCAUUCUUGCUGUACAUCCCGCCAACACUGACCUGGCUACUUCUGAUGCGCUUCAAAUGGCUCGCCGCGUUGACCCGCAUGGCAUGAGGACGCUUGGUGUCAUUACCAAGCUCGAUCUCAUGGAUGCCGGCACCAACGCUCUGGACAUGUUGCAGAGCCGUGUCAUUCCCUUGCGGAAAGGCUAUGUUGGAGUUGUGAAUAGAUCCCAGGCAGACUUGGACAAGAACACGACGGUUGCCGAGUCGCGCGUCGCUGAGCGCAAUUUUUUCCAGAGCCACCCUGUGUAUGCCCCACACGCCAGUAAGAUGGGUUCGCAGUACCUUGCCGAGCUUUUAAGCACCAUGCUAAUGGAACACAUUCGAAAUGUCAUUCCAUCUACCCGCUCAAAGCUUACAUCCCAACUGUCGGAGGUGCGUGCAGAAGUGGCCACGUUGGGACCGGAGCUGUCUGGGGCUGACGACGCCAGCGGCACGCUACUACAUCUUCUUACGAAGUAUGCCUCCUGCUACGCGGAUGCUAUCGACGGACGGCCUAGAUCUCCUCUCACAACAACAGAGCUGGCUGGUGGAGCCCGCAUUAGCUACAUAUUUCACGACAAGUUUGGCAUCGAACUAUCGCAGAUGGACCCCUUUGAGGACUUGGGAACUGAUGAAAUACGAACGGCGAUGCGAAACGCAACCGGUCAUCGUACUCCUUUGUUCAUCCCUGAGUCUGCUUUUGAACUCUUGGUUCGGAAGCAGAUUUCCCGCUUCUUAAACCCUUCGCUAACCUGUGUUGACAUGGUUUACGAUGAGCUAACGAGGUUAGCCGAAGCUGUCGAAGGCGCAGAGUUGUCUCGGUUUCAUCGAUUACGACUUGCAGUUUCGGAAGCAACCUUAAAGCUGUUGCGAGAGCAGAAAACACCCACGACACAGAUGAUCCACAACCUCGUCGAAAUGGAGAUGAGCUACAUCAACACAUGGCAUCCAGAUUUUGUAGGCGGAAGACAAGCGCUAUCUACUAUGAUAGAAAAAGCUUUAAUGCCAAACACAACAGAAACAAAUCACAUUGAAAACAGUUCAACUUCUUCGAGGUCACUACGAGAAAGACACAUUCAAUCAAGGACUGACCACCCGGACGCUUGGGUAGAGAAAAACCUUCUCGGGCACACUCACACAAACAGAACUGGGGAUUUUGGGCGCAAUACGGAUCACGGUGCAGGGGCGAAUAGGCGAAGACCAACCCCUAGAGGGCAGUCGGGCAUCGGACGUGUACCCCCGAGUGAUGGGAUAGUGGCGGCCAUCAGCAGGUCCACUGCAGAGAACUCUUCAAUCCCGAAUCACCUUCGCAUCACGAAAUCGGAAGCUUUGAAUGAUGACGAGAGGCAGGAACUGGAUAUUUUGCGAGUUUUACUUGACAGCUACUUCAAUAUUGUGCGAAAGAGGAUGCAAGACAUGGUACCCAAGGCGAUUAUAACUUUCCUGGUUCAAAGAUCGAAAGAUGCCCUGCAAUCCGUCUUGGUAUCGAAAUUGUACAAACCAAAGACAAUUGAGAAGCUUAUGGUCGAGGGCGAAGAAACGACACAACGGCGAAAGGACAUGCAAGCGAUAGAAACCUUGCUCGAGAAGGCAUUAGUAGAGGUGAACGAGAUUCGCGACGUACACUGA